AUGAAAGGGUACCAUGUCAGCCGUAGCAUGUCCCAGCAUUCCUCCGGUGGUGGUGGAGGAGGCCCCUGUCACUGCACGCCUGAGGACUGCGAUGGCCCCGGUAGAGACUACUACCCGGGUCACAGCGAUGGCCACUAUUAUCCUUCGGGAGGUCCCGCUGAGUCUCUGGCGCUGGAGAGGCACCAUUCCCACUCCCACUCCCAAUCUCACAGCCACUCUGGUGGGGGCACCUUCCCCCGUUCCCACCCAAGCCAGCACCCACCACUCCAGUCGUUUGACUCCUGCGAGGAGUGUCUCUCAUCAGGUCACGGGGGUAAGAUGCACCGCAUUCCCCCAAACCUGAUGGAUCAGUUUGAGAAGCAGGUGCCCUUCCACCCUGAUGGCUUCCACACAUUGCAGUAUCAGCGCACCGCUAGUGGGGGUGCUGAGCCGCGCAGCGAGAGCCCCUCACGCAUUCGCCACCUAGUCAACUCAGUGCAGCGCCUCUUCGCCAAGUCCCAUUCCCUGGAGGCACCAUCCAAACGGGAAUACAAUGGCACAAGAGGAGGAGGGGACUACCGUGGUGAGAGAGGAGGAGGCCACAGGAGUGGAGGAGAGGAGGGUGGAGGCCAUUACUCCGGCCAUCAGUCUCGGUCUACCAGGAGGAGCAAGUCUCGAGAGCGUAGUAAGAGUGGAGACUCGCGGCACGAGUCCGGAAGACGCCACCGCAGCAGGACAGCAGGGUGGUGGAGCUCUGACGAUAACCUGGACAGCGACAGCAGCUUCCUGGUGAGCGGGGGCAGAAGGGGGUAUCCCAGUGGACACGAGAGCCUGGAUGCCGCCAUCCAGGAGCUCACCAUGAAGAAAACCAAGGAGCGAGUGGGCGGGCCUGGGCCUGGGCCUGGGCCUGUGCCUGGGCCUGUGCCUGGGCCUGUGCCUGGGCCUGGUCAUGGAGAGUGCAUGGCCUGUACCACGAUGGCGCUGGCUGGGAGUGAAGGAGGAGGACACCACGGGCACCACGGCCACUCCCUGAAGAGGAGCACCUGGUCAGCCAUGACAGUGAGUCAAGCCAGGGAGGUGUACCCUUCCACCAGGGGUGGAGGAGGGUACGACAAAGCCCUCGUGCCCAUUGAGAGCAAGAUGAAGGAGAGGACCUUCCACUACCUGCAGGUCCCUUCAGAAGACUGGGGAGGUGGAUACGGCGCAGGCAACGUUACCGACAGCGGAGGGGAGAUUCCGUGCCGACGCAUGCGAAGUGGCAGCUACAUUAAGGCCAUGGGAGAUGAUGAUAGUGCUGACUCGGACACUAGCCCCAAAGCUUCACCCAAAUCCACCCUGGUCGCUCAAAGGGAUGCCUUUAGACGGUCUAUCAGCAUGGAUCAAAGGUACUCAUGUAAGCAGUGUACAGACUCCUAUCCUAACAGCCGAACCACACCCAAAACCCACACCCGCUCCCGCAGUUACACCCGCUCCCUGACCAGCGCACAGCUGGGAGACACGUUGAACCGUCAGUUUGAGGCAGUGUGUGAGACCAUGUUCGGGGAGGUGGAAUCUCAAGCCGUCGAGGCCUUGGAUCUUCCGGGGGUGUUUCGCACUCGCAGCCACAGCUACGUCCGCGCCAUCCAGGCCGGCUGUUCCCAGGACGACGACUGCCUCUCCGUCUUCUCCAUGUCGGGCCCCCAAGGCAGCAUCAAGGGCGGGGCCGUCUUUCCUUAUCGCAAAGGUGCUCCUCCCCCACUCCCACCUCGCAUGUCCAAGUCUUCACUCUCAGUGCGAGCCCAGAGCAGCACCGAGUCAACCCAGGACGCUUACUUCCAAAGCAGCGGACAGUUGGCUGCAGGCUCAGGCCCCGGGCGCCCCAAACAGCACAGCAACUCCGUGGACCUGGGCGGCUCUGAUGGGCCCUCGGGUCGCUCCUCCAGAGGCGGCUACUACAUCGCCACGGGGCCUGGACGUUCUCGGCAACACAGUAACUCGGCAGAGAGCCUGGAUGGGGUCAGGGGUUCGCGGGAGCUGGUGCCCUACGGAGGGGGCCCGGGAGUUGGGGUUAGGGCCAAACACAGCAGCUCAGCUGACAGUUUGCUGGAGGGGCCGCCGAGGCCGGCCAGGGAGAGGGAUGGCAGGGUUGGGGGCAGCCUGGGGAAGUCAAUCUCUCUGCCUCAGAACAGCAUCGUGUUGAGUAAAGCUGGAGGACAAGAUGAAGGACGUGAUGGGAGAAAGUGGAGGCCAUCCAUAGCUGUGCAGGUGGACAGCUCGGAGACUCUGUCAGAUUCAGACGCAGAGGGCAAAGCUCUUACGGAGGUCCACUCUAUAGGAGUCCAAGUGGAAGAUGACAAAAGACGGGCUCGUUUCAAACGCUCAAACAGCGUGACAGCAAGCGUGCAGGCCGACCUGGACCCCGAGGGCUUCCCGGGGCUCAGCAUUGCUGUGCCAACACAGGACAAGAGUCUCCAGUUUGGCUGUUCCUUCCAAAGGCACUCGUCAGAGCCAGAGUCAGCAAGCCAGUACACAGAGUGCCACCGUACCGUCCACACACAGGGACAGUGGGCCUACAGAGAGGACUUUAUCCAGAGUGGCUACACCACUGAGGUCUGUCCAGCAGACCCACACCCCCACCAGCACCCGCACUUGCCUCCACGUUCCCACUCCCCACUGCCCAUCACCUCUGAGCGGGCCUGGGCAGGGACGCCGUCCCUGGAGGGCCCCCGGAGCCUGCCUGACUCAGGUCGGGCGUCACCUUGCAUGAGAGAUGGAGAGUUCUUCUUGCGCCUGCUGCAGACAGAAGUGGAGAGGAUGGAGGGCUGGUGCCAGAACAUGGAGAGAGAGGCAGAAGAGAACGAAUUACCAGAGGAGGUUCUCGAGCUGAUCCGUAAUGCAGUUGGCAGCGCCCAGAUGCUCAUGUCUCAGAAAGUCCAGCAGUUCUUCCGCCUCUGUCAACAAAGUGUGGAUCCAUCCGCAUACCCCCAGCCCACCUCUCAGGACCUGGCAGGCUUGUGGGACCUGCUCCAGCUCAACAUAGAGGACGUCAGGGUCAAGUUUCAGGACCUCCAGAGGCUCAAGGAGUCUGGUUGGAGGCUCCCACCUGAAAAGAAGGAGGAUAAGAAGCUUCCUCCUCCCUUACCAAAGAAGCCAGCAGGCGGGGUGAGUGGCAGCCUUCGGGCCGAUAGCGUCGGGGAUGUGGGGGCCGGAGUUGGGUCAGGGGGCCUGGUGGUGCCUCGUGUGGGUGGACAUACCCUACCCAUCAGGGAGAAGUCCCUGGACCUCGGGGACCGUCAGAGGACAGAAGCGAGGAGGAGGCUGCUGCAGACCAAGCGUACUGCCUCCUUCAGGCAGAACUCGGCCACGGAGAGUGCCGACAGCAUCGAGAUCUACAUUCCCGAAGCCCAGACUCGACUCUGA